GGCACCUGACCGGGAAGCACGAGCGCCACUUCUCCAUCUCGGGCUGCCCUCUGUACCACAACCUGUCUGCAGAUGAGUGCAAGGUCUGUGACGGUUUUGCUCUCCAGGUGCGAGCGCAGAGCCGGGACAAGCAGAUCGAGGAGCGGAUGUUGGCCCACAGGCAGGAUGACAACAACAGGCACGCCACCAGGCACCAGGCCCCCACGGAGAGGCAGCUGCGCUACAAGGAGAAGGUGGCCGAGCUGAGGAAGAAGAGGAACUCGGGGCUGAGCAAGGAGCAGAAGGAGAAAUACAUGGAGCACAGACAAACCUAUGGCAACACCAGGGAGCCUCUCCUGGAGAACCUGACCAGCGAGUACGACCUGGAGCUGUUCCGGAGGGCUCAGGCACGCGCCUCCGAGGACCUGGAGAAGCUGAGGCUGCAGGGGCAGAUCACCGAGGGCAGCAACAUGAUCAAGACCAUCGCGUUCGGGCGCUACGAGCUGGACACGUGGUACCACUCGCCCUACCCCGAGGAGUACGCGCGCCUCGGCCGCCUCUACAUGUGCGAGUUCUGCCUCAAGUACAUGAAGAGCCAGACCAUCCUGCGCCGGCACAUGGCCAAGUGUGUGUGGAAGCACCCCCCUGGGGACGAGAUCUACCGCAAGGGCUCCAUCUCCGUCUUCGAGGUGGACGGCAAGAAGAACAAGGUGAGCUGGG